AAAGAUGACCCAGAUCAUGUUCGAGACGUUCAACACCCCGGCUAUGUACGUCGCCAUCCAGGCCGUUCUCUCCCUCUACGCUUCUGGUCGCACAACCGGCAUUGUCCUCGACUCCGGCGACGGUGUCACACACACUGUACCAAUCUACGAAGGUACCAUAAACUUUCUUAACUCUCGAGAAUUCCGGAUCAUAUAUGUCCGAUACGUAUGCAUCUGCAUAUGUCAUCUUUUUUUUGUGUAUGGCUCCUUAUGUACACUUGAAUACUACUCCUUUCAUUGCUCGGCCACGCUUGAGUGCUAUUUAGGUUAUGCACUGCCACACGCAAUUUUGCGUUUGGAUUUGGCGGGCCGAGAUUUGACAGAUUAUCUGAUGAAAAUUCUCACCGAACGAGGUUACUCGUUCACAACCACGGCCGAACGUGAGAUCGUCCGUGACAUCAAAGAAAAGCUGUGUUACGUUGCACUGGACUUCGAGCAAGAAAUGGCUACAGCCGCAUCUUCGUCAUCGCUUGAGAAG